GCCUCGUUGGCGCUAUGGAUCACAAUCUUGAGGUUCAUGGGGGAUCUUCCGGAGCCCAAGUAUCACACGAUGGACCGAGACAAUGUUUCAGUCAUGAGCAAGGUGACUGCUACACUAGGUCGAAGCUUUGUCAAGUCACGGGAAUUCCAAGAAGCUCAGCGGAUGGAUGAAAUGAUAGAAGAUGGUCGAAUGGAAAAUGGAACAGCCGGAGGUGGAAGUGGAAGGUCGAUUCGACACAAGCUGGUGAGCUUGACGUUGAAGAGGAAGAACAAAUUGGGGGAAGACGUUCGUCGCCGGCUGCAAGAAGACGAAGCGGAAGCAGCUGCUGAAAGCUACCAUUCAUGGCUUGAAUCCAGACCCACGUCCAACUUGGAAAAGUUGCAUUUCAUAAUUGGCCACGGAAUUCUUCGGGCGGAACUUCGAGAUGAAGUCGUUCGAGGAGUGAAAUUUGGAGAAUACAGGUGCGACAAGGAAGAAGACUUGGCCAUGAUUGCGGCGCAGCAAUUUUACAUUGAGUUUGGCGGACCAGAUAUUCAUCCGGAAAGGUUGUUGAACACGUUGCCGAACUACAUCCCGGACUAUUGUUUGGCUGGACAGGACGAAGCAGUUGCUUUGGACAGAUGGGCAAAGCUCACCAUCACCGCAUUCAAAAAGGCCUAUUACGUCAAGGAGAAGGCUCCUUCAUUGGCUGUCAAAGAAGAUGUGGUAUCGUAUGCCAAGUUCAAGUGGCCGCUUUUGUUCUCGAGGUUCUACGAAGCAUUCAGGUAUUCCGGCCCUAACUUGCCCAAAAAUGAUGUCAUCAUCGCCGUCAAUUGGACGGGCGUCUAUGUCGUGGAUGACCAGGAGAAGGUCCUGUUGGAAUUAUCAUUUCCCGAAAUCACGUCUAUGACUGCCCACAAGAGUAACAAGGCAGUGGCGCAAACGUUCACAAUCACGACCAUCCGCGGGGAAGAGUUUACAUUCCAGAGCCCGAAUUCCGAGGAUAUCCGCGAUUUAGUCAUGUACUUCCUGGAAGGUUUGCGAAAAAGGUCUCGGCACGUCAUCGCUGUUCAGGAUUAUAAAGCACCUGUGCCAUCUGGUGACACUGGAACCAUGUCUUCCACCGCAUCUACCACGAUGUUCCUCAGUUUCGCGAAGGGCGAUUUGAUUGAGUUGGAAGAUGACUCAAGCGGAGAGACAGCCAUGAACACGGGCUGGUGCGUGGGACGCUCGACGACGACGAAAGAACGCGGGGAUUUCCCUGCCGAAACUGUGUACAUCUUGCCGUGUUUGUCUCGUCCGCCGCCGGAAAUCCUUGCCCUGUUUAGUGGCGAAGCCGGGGCGGAGCAUCACCGCCGCCUCAUCGGCACCGGCGGCAGUGUGAGCGGAAUAGGCGGCGACGGGGUCGGCGUGCAAAAACUGCACACUUUGGAGGAGUACGCCAUUGAUCAUUUUAGGUUGCCGGCGAAGCGAACGAUGUCGAGGGCGCUGACGCUGACGAGCGCGAGACGUGGCGGAAAGGAUGAGUUGUGGCGCCACAGCAGGGAGCCCGUGCGCCAGCCGCUGCUGAAGAAGCUGCUGACUAAAGAGGAAUUGGCCAUGGAGGCUGUUGGCGCUUUCACUGCGAUAUUGAAAUACAUGGGAGAUUUGCCGUCGAGAAGAUCGCGUACGGGCAACGAGCUUACGGACCAAAUAUUCGAUGGACCCUUGAAACACGAGAUCCUUCGAGAUGAAGUGUACUGCCAAAUCAUGAAACAGCUGACUGACAAUAGAAACCGGUUGUCUGAAGAGCGCGGAUGGGAACUCAUGUGGCUCGCGACCGGGUUGUUUGCGUCUUCGCAAAAUCUUUUGAAGGAGCUUAACCAGUUUCUGCGCACUCGUCCCCAUCCGAUUGCCCUGGACGCGAUUCAGCGGUUGCAGAAGACCAUCCGGAACGGGCAAAGGAAAUACCCGCCUCAU